CCCAUAUCCGCUGCUUCAGCGAUAUUGACUUCUGAGAAUGGCGUCAAUACUACGAAUGCUGAGCGACUUUCCUAGUCGCCUAGCCGUGUUCCUCGAUAGACCUGGAUUUCCUUGGAAGAGGCUGAUUCUGGGAUUCUCGCUGGGUCAAUAUGUUCUUGAGGGUCUGUUGUCGUUGAGGCAAUACAAGGUUUUGCAGAAGAAAAAGCCACCCAAGACACUGGAGGAUGAAAUUUCGCAGGAUGUAUUCGAUCAAAGUCAAGCCUAUGGUCGCGCAAAAGCUAGGUUCGGCUUCGUCUCCGGUCUAUACUCCCAGAUCCAAAAUGUCCUCUUUAUCCAAUACGACGUCCUACCCAAACUCUGGUCGUUAACAGGGCUCUGGCUUGCUCGCUAUGCGCCCGAACGGUUCUGUGGCGAAAUCUCUCAAUCGGUGCUCUUUUUCUUGACGUUCAGCUUCAUCUCCCAGAUUCUCUCGCUCCCGAUAUCAUACUACGGCACCUUCGUCUUGGAAGAGAAGUUUGGAUUCAAUAAGCAGACAGUCAAAUUAUGGAUUACAGAUAUGCUCAAGAGUCAAGCCUUGAUGGUUGCAUUGGGGACGCCGCUGCUCAGCGCGUUCUUGAAGAUCAUCCAGGUCACUGGCACAAGAUUCUUCUAUUAUCUCUGGCUAUUUGGGAUCGUGGUACAACUAUUCGCCAUCACAAUCUACCCGAUCUUCAUCCUACCACUGUUCAACAAGCUGUCACCAUUGGAACCUGGCGAACUCAAGUCGAGCGUUGAAGCGCUAUCAUCAAGACUCAACUUUCCCCUCAAGUCUCUGUACGUCAUUGAUGGAAGCAAGAGAAGCGCACAUAGCAAUGCAUACUUUUUCGGCUUGCCCUGGAAGAAACACAUCGUUAUUUAUGACACUCUGAUUGAAAAGAGCGAGCCUCAAGAGGUGGUUGCAGUACUUGGCCAUGAGCUUGGACAUUGGAGUCUAUCGCACACAACCAAAUUGUUUGCAAUCGCUCAGUUCCACAUGUUCUACAUAUUCGCCCUAUUCAGCGUCUUUAUCGACAACAACUCUCUAUACUCGGCUUUCGGCUUUCACAACUCUCAUCCAAUCAUUAUCGGCUUCAUCUUGUUCUCCGAUGCUCUGGCACCAAUGGACGCAGUAGUGAAAUUGCUGAUGAAUGUUCUCUCCCGCAAAUUCGAAUUCGAGGCCGACACAUUUGCGUUCAACCUGGGAUACCAGAAAGAACUGGCAAGGAGUCUGAUCAAGCUCCAGGUCCAAAACCUGAGUACCAUGGACGCAGAUUGGAUGUAUGCAAGCUAUCAUUACAGCCACCCUAUCUUGGCGGAAAGAUUGGCGGCAUUGGGAUGGAACACCUCGAAACCGUCGGCAAAUGGGAAAGUCUUGGAACUUGAUGAGAAGGUUGUGGAUGCGGAUGUUGUCAAGGCGAAGGACCGAGAGUUGUGAUCUCCGAGUCUGUUGAAGUUUGAUGCACUCUUAAGCGACUCUUGGAAAUUCGGGCCUUACACGAUGCCGCCUGUUGGAACUCGAUUGCCAGGUGAUUGCAUCGGCGCUCAUGAGAAGAGAUGGAAAUACCACCAAUCUGGUCAGGACAGAAAAGGCCCCUCCGGAGGAACCGUGAGCAGCCGGCCAGAGUCGUGUCCACAGCUAAAACUUCGCUGGGCCUGGGAGCAGUUGAUGGAGCGCAUGCAGGGUGCUCUGUGAAGGUCCGCGAAUGUGAUGUAUAAAACAAGCCAGGUCUGACAUAUCAACCCCAGACCUUUGUCCACACCACGGAACCAUUCAAUCCCUGGUAGCCUCCUUCCUCUUAAC